UAUUACAGCAACGUUUGGAAUUUCUGAAAACCGACACUGCAUGCAUGGAGCCUCAGAUUGCUUCCACAGUAUGGCUUCCUCCAGGGACUUGUUUACUAAACUCUAUUCCAGCUAUGCAAAUGCAAGCUACGUCAUCAAUGACGUCACAAGAUCAAAUGACAUCACAGAUGUUGAAGCAUCAUCAGCAAGUUAUGACGCAAACAGUGGCAACGACGAACUCAUACUCAUAUCCUCACGUACUUCCACAAAACCAAAUCAUACAGACGCAGCCGACACAGAAUUUCGUUCACAUUCCUGCUCUGGACAGCUUACUACUACCAUCUAGCGGAUGCAAACAACAGUUGUAUGAAUUUCCUUAUAUUCAACCCGGCAUUCAACUUGAUCAGCAAUUACAUUUACCUAUGGCAACGGCAAUAUUUCCUUCCGAUAUUUCUGCCUAUCAAAGCCUUGCUAUAGCUUCAACUAGAAUAACAAAAAAGAAAAGAAUCUCGCCUUCAGCUAAAAGGAGAAGCAGAUUGCGUCUGAUAGCUUUUUUAGAAUCAAAGAAAAAACAGCAAAUAGAGCAAAGUUCCUUAGAAGAAAAUAAUGAAAACCAACAAUCUGUGAAUAUGACGUCAGCUGCAUCAAAUACAGCAAUCUUGUCACAGUCUAGCACACCAAUGACGUCAUCAAGUACAGUUUCGUAACAAAUCUUCCAAGCAUGACUUUCAUGCUCACACCACUGUGUUAAUAUGUUUGCUGAAAGUGCUCUGAACGUUUGUUACUGAAAGCAUUUAUUUCAUAGCAAGUUGGGCUUGACUGACUGGCGCGAUGACUUAGAGAUGAAAGCGUCAGACUAUAUCGGCAUCGCAAAUUACAGAUUUCAGUUUCAAAACCCGUCUCCACCUCGCCUCAUCUUGGGUUCAGGGCAGUAGCCAGAAUUUUUUUAUAAGGGGGGGGGGGGGGGGGGCAGAAAUUCUAACUGCCAAGUUAGACCGUAACAGCUAACUGGUCUGGGUCAGCCCCAGACCGAUGUUGAAAGAAUUGCACCGAAUGUCAUAUUAUGGUGUACCCGUGGAUUAAGAAAACUUAAAGAAUUUGAUAUGAUAUCAAAAACCCGAAAUCACGACUUCCAGCGGCUUUGCCUAUUUAAUCAAAUCGAUUGAUCAAUCAAUUGCAAAAAGAAGCAAGUUUUGCAAAGCGAGCCUUAGUCAUGAAAUACGAGGUGGCUCGAAAAAAAAGGAAACUAUAGAUUUGUCAGACUUCUGCGAAAAAAAAGAAAAUUUAUUUAAUUUCUGUUUGUGUGUGAUUGUCCCCGAAAGUUUCAGUUUAUGUUUUUCUAGAAUAUGUUCUAAAUUAACUGGGUUCUGCUUUUCAGUCACCCUGUAUAUUUUCGAGUUGAUUGAUGAAAGUUAAAUUAAUUUGAUUUAGAACUGCUUAAAAAUUAUUUUAAGCUAAAUAUUUCGAUUUUUUUUUUGUCACAAUAUCUGUAGAUGAAUUAUAAAAUAUACUUCCUGUCAACCUUUGAUUUUUAUACUAUUUUAUUUACUUAUAAUAGAUUUUUUCAGUUUUCUGUUUUUAAAUAUACAUUGUGUAAUACUAUAUUAAAACAUCUGUACUCUUUC